AAAACACUUCUCUAAUGGUUAUGAAGAAUAAUGCUUCAAAGCCUGUAACAGAGGCCAAGAUUCCCGGUGUGGACCAAGUACAUUACCGGGGAGUAAGAAAGCGGCCAUGGGGCCGUUACGCGGCGGAGAUCCGCGACCCUGGAACGAAAACCCGUGUGUGGUUGGGUACUUUCGACACGGCGGAGGAAGCAGCCAAAGCAUACGACACCGCCGCCGUCAACUUCCGGGGCACCAAGGCAAAGAUCAACUUCCCUCCAUCCAUAGACGACGUCGACGGCCAGAGCCCCAGCCAAAGUAGCAUCGUCGAGUGUUCUACUUCUUCCCUAGAUGGUCGUCCUCCGUUCCACCGGCCGUUGGAGCUUGAUCUCACGCGCCGCCUAGAUGUUUCAGUCGCUGGAUACCAGUUGUUUCAUAAUGGCGGGCAGAAAACGGUGGCGGUCGUACCCCAUCCCCAUGGCCAUAUCCAUGGCCAGCCGAUUAUGGUGUUUAUGGAUCGGAGUUAUCCGUACUUGUAUCAUCAGUACAAUCCGAAGAUUGAACAGGAACAUGUGAACAGAUUUAAUGGAGUUUUGAGCGAGUCGGACUCUUCAUCAGUUGCAGAUUGUAGCGCCCCUUGUGAUACAAGCAUGUCGAGAAGAGAGCUUAAUCUUGAUCUAAAUUUAGCGCCACCGGCGGUAGAUGUUUAAGAAGAUAGAUGAGAGAUAGUUGUGUACUUGGUAAUAGACCAAACCGGGUUCAAAAUGUAACGUCUGAGGGUAGACCGGUUCGGGUCAUUUGUUUGAGUAUUUUAGAGUAGAACGGUGGGGUUUUUUUUGGACGGGCAGACCGGAUUUUGGGCAGCUCCCUUUCUCGACCGGUUAAAUUUUCUGUAAUUAUUCAGUAUUUUAUUAGGAGAUUUAUAAUUCUUAAUAUAAAUUAUGCAUUUUUGUAA